CUCACAAAAUGAUAGAGGACGAACUGGUACAGUUUGAUAAAAGCAUAAAUGAAUUUUGGAAUAAAUUCAUAAACACUGUUAGUGACACCUCCUGUCAGAUGAUGGGACUAAGAGAUGCCUACAAGGACUCCAUGAAAGCAUUUGCAGAAAAGUUAUCUGUGAAAUUAAAGGAAGAAGACCGAAUGGUUGAGAUGUUUCUGGAAUAUCAAAAUCAGAUCUGCAAGCAGAAUAAGCUUAUUCAGGAAAAAAAAGAUAACUUGUUAAAGUUGAUUGCUGAAGUAAAAUGCAAAAAGCAGGAAAUAGAAGUCCUGACAACAAAUAUCCAGAAUCUUAAGGAAGAAUAUGCUAAAAAGAAGGAAACUAUAUCCACUGCUAACAAAGCUAUUGAAGAGAGACUGAAAAGACUGCAGAAAUCUGCAGACUUGUAUAAAUGUCGACUUGGACUAGAAAUUCGCAAAAUUUAUGGUGAUAAGUUGCAGUUUAUAUUCACUAAUAUUGAUCCUAAGCAUCCUGAGAGCCCAUUUAUGUUUUCCUUGCACCUAAAUGAAGAAAGGGACUAUGAAGUGUCGGAUAGUUCUCCCCAUCUUGAAUGCCUGGCAGAAUUUCAAGAGAAUCUAAGGAAGACCAACAAUUUUUCAGCCUUUCUUGCCAAUAUUCGGAAAGCGUUUACUGCUAUGGUUUAUAAUUAAUGCAUAAAUAGUAUAGAAAACUUUCUUCCUUAUCAUGUCUUUUUU